AUGCCUACUCUUGAUCCCAGCGAACUGAAUAUCGUGCUGGCCGUCUUUGGGGCGUUCAUCAUUCUCUUCGGAAUACUUUCUGUAAAGAUCAAGAAUGUCUGGUACCUGGGCGAGGCCUUACCGGCCGUCGUGUUAGGCAUAUGCCUUGGUCCAUUAGCGGCCAAAUUCCUCGACAGUGAACGGUGGGGGUCGGCUGUUGAGGGUCAGACCAAUGACAUUACUCUCGGUGUCAUGAGAGUGAUGAUUGGUAUUCAACUGGUCAUGGCCGGCUACCAGCUCCCGGCAAGAUACCAAAAGAAUAGAUGGAAGGACAUGCUCGUUCUCAUGAUCCCCAUCAUGACUUUGAUGUGGCUGGCUACAACCAUCUGCAUUCUUGCAACGAUCCCCAAAGUGACGCUUCUGGGAGCUAUGGUCAUCGCUUCCUGCGUUACCUCGACAGACCCGGUUUUGUCACAGGCAGUUGCAAAGGGACCGUUCUCCGACAAGUUUGUCAGGCGUUCGCUACGUGAAAUCAUCUCUUCUGAAGCCGGAGCCAACGACGGAUUCGGAUUUCCGUUUUUGAUGCUGGCUACGUACCUCAUGCGGCAUGCUGAGGGUUCCGAUGUACCCGGGGGUGCUUCGACGGUGCAAACUGUUACUCGAGCACUUCUUCCCCGUGCAGGGGAUGUCGCCCGUCAGGGUGGAAGUGUCGGUGUUGCGCUGCAGAACUGGUUCCUUGAGACUUGGCUCUACUUUGUUCUGAUGAGCAUCAUUUACGGUGCCGUUGUUGGAACACUGAUCAGACUUGCUCUUAAGUACUCUGUCAGGAAGAAAUGGAUUGACUCGGAGAGCUAUGUGCUUGUGCCAACUGCAAUUGGUCUCUUUCUGAUGGGAACAUCUGGGGCCAUUGGAACCGACGAUCUCCUAUCUUGCUUCGUCGCUGGCAGUGCACUCAAUUGGGACGGCGAGUACCUAGCUGAGGCCCAAAAGCGACAUGACGAAGUCAACGCUAGCAUCGACGUUCUUCUUAACUUCGGUGGUUUCAUCUACCUCGGCACCAUCAUCCCUUGGAGCGAAUUCAACUCCGACAUCACCGGCAUCACCCCCGGCCGACUUUUCGGCCUCGGCGCUCUUGUACUCGCCUUCCGUCGGAUUCCUGCCGUUCUCCUCACCUAUAAGCUUAUGCCCAACACUAUUAAGGACUGGAAGGAAGCCCUUUUUAUGGGAUAUUUUGGUCCCAUUGGUGUUGGUGCGGCUUUCUACGUGGAGCAUGCCCGUCACCUGUUUCCUAAGAUAACCGAAGCGGUAGGCGACAAUGAGGUUACUGACAUGCUCCGAGCUAUUGGACCAGUUGUUUAUUGGCUCGCGUUGUUCUCCAUCAUAGUUCACGGGCUAUCCAUCCCUACCCUCAAUCUCAUCUACGAGUACAUGGGCGUGCAGCCCAUUCAAGAGGACGCUGUCGCAGUCAGACGCAGGUCUGUCCGCGUACCUCCGCCUUCGAACGCUGUUGAGGGCGACAAAGAAACAUUCAUCGCGUUCAACCGCUUCUCACGACCCAACCUGUCUGCAGAGUCGCUUUCUCAUUUGCGCGACGACGACUCGUCUGUUACAGACGAGAAGGUUAGGUACCCAGACCUAGAGUCGGGUCUGGAGGAAGCUAAGCAGAAUGCGCAAUUGUCGCCAAAACGGAGCUUCAACGUCCCACGAAUGAGCCCACCUCGCAGCCUUAGUCGACCACGCACGAGCGCUAGUCAAGUCAAAUGGGAUCAACCUCAUGUCAUGCAAGAUUGA